UGUGCUGUAUGAUAGUCAUUUGUUCCAUCUAUUAAUUGUAAGUGUGGCAUUGGCAGUUCAUCCUUAUCGACCACAAGCUUUCCUAAAUAGACUUUUGACUCACUUUAAUCUGCUGAUAUAGGGUACAGUGGGUUUUAAGUUGGAACUGUCCGUUUGUAGGUUUCCGCAAGCAAGAUAAGCGAGUCAAAUGGAGGUAGAUGAGGUGAUGUGUUUACCAAGGUUGCCCAGGGUGGCUGUGUGUGGCGGUACCCAUGGCAACGAGCUGUCUGGAGUGUACUUAGUGAGAGAGAUGCUGAAAGUGGAGAAGAAAGUAGUGGAAGAGGAGGAAGAGCCUGUGUUGGUGAUGAUAGUGCUGUCAAACCCACGGGCCACGCAGCAGUGCCACAGAUAUGUUGACACCGACCUGAACCGCUGCUUCACCCACGCCACCCUCAACGGUCCCAUGUCAGACACAGACCCCUACGAGAUUGUGAGGUCGCAAGAGCUCAACACCUUGCUGGGUCCCAAAGGCAGUCGGCAGGCAGUGGAUCUUGUUUGUGACCUCCAUAACACCACUGCCAACAUGGGUAUGUGCCUCAUUACAUACUCGGACUGCGACUGGAUCUGCCUGCACAUAUUCAGACACCUGCAGAAGGAGAUACCAGAUAUACCAAUGAGGUUCAUCCAUUUUGAUGUCUCCAAUAAAGAAUCAUAUUCGCUUGAUUCAGUAGGAAAGCAUGGCUUUGCCAUGGAGAUCGGCCCUCAGCCCCAUGGUGUGGUCAGAUCCAACAUCUAUACAGCAAUGAAAGAUGGUGUGCAGCACAUGCUUGAUUGGGUCCGUUUAUUUAACUCAGGUACAAUGUUUAAAGGAGGAUUUGUGGAUGUGUUCACCAUGGUUAAACACAUUGACUACCCGAGAGACAGUGUGACUCACAACAUCACAGCAGCCAUUCAUCCUCACCUCCAGGACCGAGAUUUCUGCCUCCUCCACCCUGAAGACCCACUGUUCCAGACGUUCUCAGGGGAAACACUGAGGUAUAAAGGCAAAGAACCUCUUUAUCCUUUCUUCAUCAAUGAAUGUGCUUACUAUGAGAAGGGCAUUGCUCUCUCCCUGGCAAGAAAGAGGCGCGUGAUGGUUCCUUCAAUCCGAGUGGAGACAGAGCAGGAGCAACAAGCUAAUGAUCACGAAUAUUCAUCAGAGGAAGAGAACUGAAGAUGAUUUGACAUGAGACUGGUGUGACUCUGAAAUAAAUUUUUAGGAAAACUUUUAUUGAAAUGAAA